GCGGGACACUUCUGCGAGGCUCACUGGACGUAGAAGCACGCCCUAGCAGCAGAUAACGCUUUUUUGGGAGGAUUUUGUUUUGCACAGAUCGUUUUGGCCUCAGCUGGACCCGAGAGGUCGUCACACCACCACUUGGCUUUGACGACAGGCUUCCAGCCAUGUCUGCUAUGGUGGAUCUGAGGACGAAGGAAGAGAAGGAUGCUGAGCUAGACAGACGCAUCGAGGCUCUGCGCAAAAAAAAUGAGGCUUUAGUGAGAAGAUAUCAGGAAAUAGAGGAAGACAAGAAGAAGGCUGAAGAGGAGGGCAUCGCCGUGACGACCCCCCGCAAGCCCCGCUCUCAUGAGCCUGACUCAGAACGGCGGAAGACGGAGAAAGAAAACUUAACUGUGACGGUUGAUCUGUACAAACCAAGUGGGGAGAAGCGAGUGGUAAAUGACAGAAAGGCAGCGCCUCACCGUAGCGAUCACGGCCCAGAGGAAGGCGACAGUGGGCAGCUCCGUGGCGAGAGCCCCCCACGCAAGGCUGGCGCCGGCCGGCCGAAUAGGGGCGGGCAGCGUGGCGGGGGCCACCGCUCAGACAGGAGGGAGCCGCGCUCGGAUAAGGGCGACCCCCGAGCCGACAGGGCCUCCCGGGAAGGGGAAGGGGGAGAGGGUCCCUCCCACAGCGAUCGCCCCCGAGGGGGGCGAAGAGGAGGGAGAGCAGGGGCACAGCAGGGCGGCUCUGGCUCAGACAGAAAAUCCAAGGAGUGGGAGGAGAAGAGGAGGCAGAACAUUGAGAAGAUGAAUGAAGAGAUGGAGAAGAUUGCGGAAUAUGAGCGGGGUCAGAGGGCCGACGGAGAGAAGAACCCCACGCGGAACUUUCUGGAUGACCCCCGACGCAGCGGGCCCAUCCCCGAGAUGGACCGCAAAGAGGGCAGCCGGAGACACGUGCGCAACUGGGGCGGACUGGACUUCGACAACGUGAAGACCGGGGCUGAAGUGGAGAAAGAGUGGACGAAUCGGAGGCCUGGCGCGAAAAGCUCCAUGGACAUGACUCUGUCCAUGACGGGCCGUGAGCGGGCCGAGUACCUGCGCUGGAAGAAGGAGCGUGAGCAGAUUGAUGAGGAGAGGCUGGCUCGGCACCGCAACGCCACGGGCCAAUGGAGGCGGGAGUGGGAUGCCCAGAAAACAGACACGAUGUUCCCUGAGGAUCCAACUGCGGCUGGAGAGGGCAUGCCAGAAGCAGGCAGUAAGAGAGCAGCUAGGGGGCGUAAUGCCCGUAUACAGCAGCGCAGUGGGGCUUCAGAGGACAGCAAGAGACCCCCCAAGGUGCCCACGUUUGGGGAUUUCUUGGGGCAGGGCAAGCCAAGAGACGGGGGCCGCGGUGGCCAUGGAAGAGAGAAAGGGCGAGCUCAGGGCAAGAGCUACAGCAUGCAUGAUAAUCGGUGGGAAGCAGAGAAAGAGGAGGAAAAGGGAAAAAAGGAGGAAGAGGAGAAGGAGAAGAAGGAAAAGCCCAAAGCUCCGUCAGAGAAGCCUGCAGACACUGCUGAGAAAUCCACCAUUAGUGGUGCUGCUGAGGAAGACGAUGACCAGUGGGAGGAUGCGAGUGAUGGAGAAGAGGAGGAGGAGGAGGAGGAGGAGGAAGAGGUACAGUCUGAGGACAAAAAGGCAGGUGUCCAGAAAGACUCUAAACCCACCGAGAAGACCACUAGCUCCCCCGCCCCAUCCACCCCUAGCCCCAAGGAGCAGCGGGCACCCAGGCCCAAGGUGCACAUCCCGUCCCCGCAGGAGACCCUCAGUGCCCCAGAGGCAGCGAAGCCCCUCAGCCCCUUCUCCCUGCUGGAGGGCCAUCAGCCCGUGUCUGACUGGGGAGAGGAGAUGGAGAUGCAGUCUCCUAAGAGCAGCAUGGGCGAGAGUCCCUUGAAGCCCAGCAGUAACGGCACCAGUCCAGUGCCGACCAAGAGCCAGGAGGAGGGUCGUGCCGUCGAUGCCGCCAGCCAGCCCGAGGAGGGCGGCAAACGGGUCCCCGCACAGCCUCCUCUUGAGGCAGUUGCCCCUGUGAAGCAGGAGGAACCAGUGUUGUCCGAGCCCCCUGCCCCACCUGCUGACCCCAGCCCCGAGACCCCAGCCACAGAGGAGCCCCAGGACCCAGCCCCACACAAGGAGGAGAGCGCAACAGCUGCUGUAGAUGCGAAACAGGGCCAGUCCGGGAGUGAGACUGCGGCAGACAUUACCCUGGAGUCUCUGGAUCAGUCGUGCUCAGGCUAAGGCAGAACUGCUGAGCUGACGUGCACAGCACUAGCGGUCUUCAGAGAACGGGAAGAGGUCGGCAGCGGCAGGAAGGCGUGGCAGGCCUAAUGGAUGUCCGUUGUCUGAAACGAAGCAGGAUGGUGGGAAGCCCCUCGCCGCUUCCUGACAGCCCAUGUGGUUUUAUGGUUUGUUUGUUUUUUGUUUUUUUUGUUGGUUUUUCUCCCUCGGUUAGCACUGCUCUCAGCAGGGUAAACGCUGCGUCUCUCUUGUGUUUCCAAGCCUAGCACUGGCUUUUACGCAGGCCUUGGGCUGAAACCAUGUCUGAGAAAAUUCACUUUGUUGUUGUUAAGAUGAUCUGUUGCAUAGUAGACAAAAGCAAAUAAUAAAAAACAUGUUGUCCCAAUCUACUCUAAGGACACUUUGUACAUUAAAUUUAACAAAAGUACAGAUAUCACCGUAGUCACAAAAUGAACUUUUCCACCGUAAACUGUGGAGGCGAAGUCUUUGGAUCCUUAAACUUUAUGCUGCUUCAGUCCUCUAGGGAUUCUCUUAAAUUAUGUGGGAAUGCUAUAGUUGAUGUGUGAUUCCUAUGCAAACAAAGGGGACAAGGGCAUUGGGAUUGUCAAAGCUACUUGUAAAAAAACAAACAAAAAAACAUUUAAAAUAUGUAGAUUCACAUUUCCUAAGACAUGUUAUAGAUGUAAUUUUGCAUGGAAAAACAGGUGCUAGAUAUACUCGAAUUUACCAUGCAUUUACAAGUGGUGGCCCACACUGUAUAUGUAUGUAUUCUGACCAAAGAUCAUGGUAUUUUACAGACGCUAUAUCUAGUAUGUGAUAUUCAGCAUUUGGGGCAGCAAAGAAUGUGUACUUUAACAAAAAAAAAAUUGUUUUUUGUUUUUUACUGUUCCUUUUUUGUGUGUGUGUGUGUGUGUGUGAAAGCAGGGUGUCAUCAGAGCUUGCUUAGUAGUGGAGGUUUCCACGUUUUAAUGUGCAAGUUUGUGAUAUGUUUAACAUUCCUGUACUUUGUGUGAUUGCCUAACAUUCAGUUUGGACUGAACUUUUUUUUUCGUUUACCUAAACAAAAAAAGAAAUCAUGACAUUUGUGAUUGCAUUGUAUCAGUGGCUUCUACCUGCAGAUGGCCUGUCUUCCUGUUUGAGAAUUUUGCUUCACUUACACUUCUCAUGAAAGGUUGUUGUUUUCUGCAGUGUAAGUAAAAUGUUUGGUAAAGAUUCAUUUGUAAGGUUUAUCCAUCAAUGCAUUUGUGAAAGGAAAUCAAGAUCAAUACUUUUUAUCAAGUUUAUGGAGAGCUUUUUGGUGUUUUUGCCCAUCAUUUUUCAUGUCAAUUAUGCAGUGUUUCUUUAUUUUACUUUAAAAUAUGAAAUAAAUCUUUGUCUUAAACGCA